AUGCAGCCAAGAUGGGCUGGAUAUUGGCUCACGGAGGGCCAGGGCGGGCCGAAGAUCAUAACCUUCUGGGUCCUUACGUACAUUCGCAUCUUUAGCCCGGAAAGUAUGGCUCCAGAUAUCCUCAUCUGGGUCCUGUGGACGGUUGCGCUUUUCGCGACUCUCUUCCGCGGAAUCUCGCAAUAUGUCCUCCAGCGCCGCCUCCAUGCCGACGACUACUGGGCGAUCGCCGGCUUCCUCUGCCUGACAGCGAUGGCCGCGCUGGCGACGGUCAUCAUGCGGCAGCUGUUUGUCGCCAUCGGAUUCUUUCAAGCGGCCGACAACAACCCAUUCGCAGCUUUGUCGCUCAACCUCAACGAAUUUAUCGACAACAUGACGUCGUCCCUGAAGGCAAUGUUUGCGUCAAUGAUUGUUUUCUGGACAACAAUAUGGACCGCAAAAUACUCGAUUCUCUUCUUUGUGAAGCGCGUCGUCAGUGGCCUUCCUCGGUACAUGCAGGCAUGGUGGGCCUGCUUCGCACUUGUUACCUUGCUCUAUCUCGCUUGUGUGCUCUCCCUCUUCAUGACAUGCAUGCCCGUCCAGAAAUACUGGACCAUCAUCGGCGAGGCCAACUGCUACGGAUCCAACGAUAUUCGUCGAGCUCAAGGAUCUCUCAUAUUCGCGACGGUUGCGGACAUCGUGGCCGACAUUGCCAUCAUGGUCCUCCCUCUAAAUCUUCUCCGGAAGCUCAUGAUUCCCAGGGGGGCCAAGGCCGGCUUGGUGCUCAUAUUCUCUCUCGGGACCAUCAUUAUAAUAUUUGCUGUCAUCCGCCUCGCGGAAGCCGUGCGCAGCAUGCAACAGGUCGCGGGCGACAUCAAAGAGGCGACCAAAACACCGAUAAUUCUCAGCCAGUGGGGUUUCCUCGAGUGCGCCGUCGGCAUAAUAGUGGCCAUGCUGCCGGCGUUCCGCUUCCUAUUCAGCAAAAACCGCGCCAGUGCGUCAAAGGCAAAGCGAAGCAAGUGGCCUAGUAGCUCGCACAACCCCAGCUCUGGCCGUAGGACCGAUCCAGUCAAGGGCCGUUCUAUUGUCAUCACCGAAGAGGACCAGACCCCGAUCUGCGACAAAACUGAUGUCGAAAUGGGCUCGAUGGAGACUCCCAGUGUUCAAUCGAAUAGCCAUGGCGCUCGCGGAAACAGCGCUGGCAGCUCGAACAAUCCUAUACAGAAGCAGGGAAUCCGCCGAACGGUCGAGUUUGAUGUGGCUGUGACCAUGUUGAACGAGAAGCCUGCCCCCAGAAGCGAAAGGGGACCGGAUUGGGCAUGA